UAAUCUUUGUUCACAUAUAAAAUUUUCUUUUUGUCAUAAAAGUAAAUGGCUUAUCUUUUGUUUUCUAGCAUAAAAUUUUUAUUAAAAACUGUGCAAAAUAUUAAUAAUUACAAUCCACAAUGGAUUCCGCUAACGAAAUCAAAUUACUAAAAAGACUUGAAACCAAACGAUUAAAUGAAAUACUCGAACGUAAACGUUUAAAAGAAGAAUUAAAAUCUAAAGAAACACCUAGUGAAAAACGAGCACGUCGUUUGCAAGAGAAAAAAGCUAAAGAAGCUCGUCGACGUGAACGAAUGGGUUGGGACACAGAAUACCAACAUUAUACUAAUCAAGAUAAUCCAUUUGGUGAUGCUCACUUAACAUCAACAUUUGUAUGGGGUAAAAAACUAGAAAAAGAAGGUUUUAAAAAUGUUGCCCCCGAAACGGUGGAAGUUAUGCAUCGUCAGAAACAAGUUGAAAAUAAAAAAGAACUUGAAAAGGUUAAAAAGAGGAGGCAAAAGCGAGAAAUGGAAAGAUUAUCUCGUGAAGAAGAAAUGAAUAUGUUGCAACGUUCUCGUGAAGCAACUAAAUUCGAAGAAUGGGAAAAGCAAGAAGAUAUGUUUCAUUUGAAACAGGCACGUCUUCGAAGUUCCAUUCGAAUUCGUGAUGGUCGAGCAAAACCAAUUGAUUUACUUGCUCAAUAUAUUUCCAAUUCAAAUUUAGAACAAAAUAUUGAAAUGCAAAUGCAUGAACCAUAUACUUUUUUAAAUGGUUUAGAUAUUCAAGAUUUAGAAGAUCUUUUAGUUGAUAUUGAAGUUUAUAUUGACCUUGAAAAAGGUACCAAUUCUGAAUUUUGGAAUGACAUGACUGUCAUUGCCAAUGAUGAAUUACAAAAGCUUCGCAAACUUGAGCUUGGUUGUGAAUAUGACGCCAAGAUUGGGCGACGCGAAGGAAUACACCAAAGUGUAUCGAAAGAAGUUUCGGAUGUCUUUCGUGGAAAGACAGCUCAACAAUUGGAAGAGCUAAGACAUAAAAUUGAAACUAAAAUUAUGAGAAAAACUGAUGGAGUUGAUAUCAGUUAUUGGGAAAGUCUCUUGUCGAAGCUAAAAGCUCAUAUGGCUAGAGCAAGAUUGAGAGAUAGACAUCAAUUGAAAUUGAGACAAAAGUUAGAGCUUUUGAAGAAUUCUACUGUCGAGGAUUCUAAAUCGACUAUAACUUUGGAGAAUUCUUUAAAAGAAGAAGUCGAGGGUAUGACUUCGCCUGAUUUGGAUCAUGAGCAUGAUUCAAAUGUGGUUGCCAAUGAAGAAGAAGUUGAAGAGAAUGACAACGACGAGAGUCAUUCUAACAUGUGUUAUGAUCUUUAUAACGAUGGAUGUUAUAGUCCUCCAUAUUUGAAACCUGAUGAAAUUGAAGGUUUCAAAUUGAUAACAUCCGAAGAAGCUGAAGAUCGUAUUGAAACUUUACGAAAAACACUAAUUGAGUCGAUCUACGAAGACAGUUCAAUGUCUCGAGAAGACCUCUUACUCCAACAGGAAGCACGUAAAGGAAUGACAGACGACGAGGCAGUAUUCUCUGUCGAAACUAAACUUGAAUCACAAGUUUAUUUAUGGUCAGAUAAAUAUCGCCCAAGAAAACCACGUUAUUUCAAUCGAGUUCAUACUGGUUUCGAAUGGAAUAAAUAUAAUCAAACUCAUUAUGAUAUGGAUAAUCCUCCCCCGAAAAUUGUUCAAGGUUAUAAAUUUAAUAUAUUUUAUCCAGAUUUGAUAAAUCAAAGUUGUACUCCACAAUAUUUUUUAACACCUUGUGCUGAUAAUGUUGAUUUUGCUGUGUUGAGAUUUCAUGCUGGUCCACCAUAUGAAGAUAUUGCAUUUAAAAUUGUUAAUCGGGAGUGGGAAUUUAGUUAUAAGAGAGGAUUUCGAUGUCAAUUUCAGAAUAAUAUAUUUCAAUUGUGGUUUCAUUUUAAACGUUAUAGAUAUCGUCGUUAGAGAGAUGAUGGGAAUUUUGAAAUGUAUUUAUAUUAUUCAUU